AUGCUCGGGAUGAUAGUGAAAAUAAUAGUGAUGGCAACGAUUCAGAUGAUGAAAAAGAACCUGAGUGAGACAGUUUCAGUUUUAGAGUCAAAGACUAAAACGUGUUCAACCAUCGAUUUGGGUCCUAGUAUUUCCGGUAAGUCUAAGCCAGUUAACAAACAAAUUCAAGGUACUAUUUCCUCAUAUGCCACAAAGAAAAAAAUUUCUGGAAAUUUAAAGAAAAAAAUGGAUAAUGCUUUAUUAGGUAAGGUAAUUGCUUCUUCUUCAUCUUCAACCAGCAGUAGCUCCAGAGGUUCAUCAAGCGGUAGCAGUAGUUCUAAUUCUGAGACUGAAAAUGUAGCCCACCUUGAUAGUGAUCGACUUAAUAUCGGAGUAUACACUGGAUUCAAUAACUCUCAAAAACCUACUAUUGCUGAAGAUCGCGACCAAGAACUUAUGACAAAAGGGACAAAAGGAAAGAAGAGAGUAAGAAAACCAUCGACAUGGAAAACAAAAGUUGCGAAAAUACUACGAAAUUCUGGAAAUGCCUACCACUCUUUAUCGAAAUUGAAGAAACAAGUUCCAGAGAGAAAACUUCGUCCGCCUUGUGGCUGA